AUGGCAUUGAACAACCAGGGUCCUUCGCAAAGCCACUUGGGCGUCUUCUCUAAUACCAAGCUUCCCACCGGCAACGACGUCGAUGAGGUCACCACCGAGUACGAGGUCCGCUUCGGCUGGGAUAACUUCUACGCCAGUCAUCCCAUCAUUAUACCUGCUACAAUGAACAGGAGCAUGUCGCGGAUUUGGGAAGCCAUAAAGAAUCAAUUACCGGCAUUUGCGAGGUCCCUCUCCGAUACUCCACAUACCAGGCUCCAUUUCGUCGCGCAGGAGACUGUAUGGGAACGAUACUAUAUGCAAUUCGACUGGAACGAGACUGGCAAAAUUCGCAGAUGGUACACUCGAAAUACGAAGCCGUACCUCGCGCGGGCCAGAAUUCGAAUUGAUAUACGGACGAGUCCAGUCAAUAUCGUUGAGCGGGUAGAAGAUGGGUGGCGGAUGUCGACGGCGAAGAGAAUUCGCCUCCAAGAGAGGCUGAGGUAUUUUCCGGGCGAUGGCAAUGAGGUGCUCGCCGAUGAAUGGGGCAAUUUUUAUGAGGUUGAAGACCCAAAGCCCGUCGUCCAUGUCGAGGGUAAGGAGGGGGAUGAUGGCGAGGUCGGCAACGAUACCAUGGAGGAUGACGACGACGAUGAUGACAUGGAGGACGAUGAUGAUGACAACGACGAUAAUAAUAAGGUCGUCGACGGCGACAUCGCGCCGAGCACGUUGAAAUGGCUUCCGGGGUGA